AUGGACAUAGACUAUACAAUAAUUGGCACGGCAAAAGACCUGGGAAAUGGCCUCUUUUCAACAGUCGAUUUAAAUUCUGGAGAUUCUAUCAUUGUCAUACAAAAACCCCUUUUAUUGAUUGCCGAGAAUCAGGCACUGCAUCGAGUGUGCGCCAAUUGUUUUCUAGAAGCAGGAGAAGGAGUGGAGCUACAGCCCUGCUCGAGUUGCGGUGUUGUCAAUUUUUGUUGUGGUGAUUGCGAAAAGUUGUCACUGAAUUCCGAGGGUUCCCACGGAGCAGAAUGUGACCUUUUCAAAUCAAGAAAGCCAUUUGAACAUUCUAGAUCACAGAUCAGCGCUCAAGCCGUAACAAAUACUGCCUGUGCUUAUUCAAAUUGUCGGUUGAAAAAAGCAACCUUGAACUGUAUUGGCUGCAAGGCAGUGAAUUACUGCGGUAAAAAAUGCGAAGACCUAGACCGCUCACAUCAUGAGAAACAAUGCAAGGCCAUCCAAUCGCAAAGUCUUGGGAACUCUUUAAACAAGAUGCUUCCUACAGCUGUGCGUGGUACCAUCCAAUUGGUUAGCAACCCGGCAGUAUUGGCAAAAGAUUCACCUUUAAUGGACCUUGAAUCUCACGAGGACGACCUCAGAAGCGUCCAAUCAAAAUGGGAUGAUAUAUCAUUACAAGCCCAUGGUGUAGUGAAUCUUCUUCAACGGAAACCAGAAUUUGUCAAAUAUGCUCUUGAGUCUCUCUGUCGGCUCUCUACUAAUGGGUUUCGUGUCGAAUCUAAUAUUGGCAAUGGUCCAAUUGGACUAUGUCUUGAUCCCCUGCUGGCACGCGCUAAUCAUCGCUGUCACCCAAACUCAGCUAUAACAUUCGAUGGAAAGCGUGCUACCCUCCGAGCUCUUUCUCCUAUCGCAAAAGGAGAGCAAAUAUUCAUAUCCUAUAUCGACGAAACACAACGACGAGAAGUUCGACGAGAAGCCUUGGCGAAAACUUGGUUUUUUCAAUGCCUUUGUUCUCGCUGCACAAUAUUCCAAAGUAUAUAUGGUGAUCUCGUAGAUUAUCCCAUGGUUUCAACGCCUGUACUUGAUAAGCUCGUCAAUUUCCAAGAAACUUACAAGUUUGCAAAGGCUAGAGUAGCAGACGAAAAUCCAGAGACAAUCACCAGGCUCUUCUCUCUACUCCAUGUAUUACGACAUAUCGAAGUUACGAUCUCAAAUGCUCAUAAAAUCUACCAGAAUAUUGACCGACGUCUAGAGUUUUUCAAUAAAGCUUUAAGGAAUUUAAAUGAUUUCAUCCUCUUACAGCGUUACGCGCAACAACCUUUACCAACAGUCCUUAAUGAAAUCUAUCUUAUUUAUCUAGAAAAAGAGGACUAUAUCUCUGCGCUUAUCGUACUAAUUUUUUUGAUCAUUCAAGCUGAUCCCUUUAAUUACCCAAGUCCAUAUCAUCCGCAACGUGUUACUAGGAUACUAGCAUUACAACGAUUGUGUAAAUUCCUUGCAAGCUUGGACCCAGAAGAGUUCGGGAAAUGGGAGACGGAGAACCUGAACAAAGGAAGGCGAGGGAGUCUAAAGAAUAUCGACUGGAUUAGUACGUGUCAGUUGGUUAUGUAUGGAUUAAGAGAGACAGGAAACAGAUGCUGGGGAAAACAAAGUGGGGUUAUGAGGGGAGUGGAGGUGGAUAUUACGGAUGUGGAGAGUAUUCAGGAGAAGAGGGGAGAUGGAGAGGUAGGGAGGACGUUGAAAACAUCGGCUAGGGGAAAGGAUGCUAGUGGAUUGGGCGAGGUUUAUGCGGAGAGGUUGGGGAUGGGGCUGAGGGAGCUAUCUGGCUUGGUGUGGGAUGUUUUGGGGGUUGCGAAGGAGGGGAUGGAGGCUAAUUAA